CGGGAAGACCCGAGUUUUGCCGGACUGUACACACCCGAGUUUAUUUGGUCACUCUCUCAGGUGUGACCCGUCUCUGCAUAUUUGAGAUCAACUGGAGCGGAGUUACGGCAUUCCAUUAGCCAGAUACCCAAAAUAUAACUGGUGGACUGAUAUAGCAGCUGCAGGCAUACAGGAAGCUCGGCCAUGUCGGUAACUCAUCAACCGGGCCAGCCACCGCAGAAGCAGGAAGCAACAUGGAUGCCUUUGGUGGAUACCAUCCCUGGCUGUCCCCCCGGGCUGGAGUAUCUGACACAGCUCGACCAGAUACUCAUUGAACAGCAGGUCGACCUCAUAGAGGUGUUACUGUCAUGGGAAUGCAACAACAAGUACCGCGUGAUGAACUCCAUGAACCAACAGUGCUACUACGCUGCCGAGAAAACCGAUUCUUUAAUGCGUCUGUGCUGUGGCUCCGAUCGUGGGUUCAAGAUUCACGUGGUUGACAACUCUGGCAAGGAAGUAUUGCGCAUACGCCGUGAUUUCAAGUGCUGUGGCGGAUGUUGCUGGUGCGCAGAUGCCGACUGCGCAGCUCAUGAAGUGAUUGUGGAAACACCAGAAGGGGAACCGCUGGGAUACGUCAGGCAGUUGCCGUCCAAGUGGAAGGGCCACUAUGGUAUCCUUGACAGCAGUCGAAACCAGAUGAUGGAGAUUUGGGGGCCAUGUUGUGGUUGCCAGGGACUGUGCUGCAGAGCUGAUGUCGAGUUUCCGGUUCGAUCCAUGCAGGAUGGCAACAUUGUGUCCAAGAUCAGCAAGCAAUGGGGAGGUGUAGCAAGGGAACUCUUCACCGAUUCGGAGAAAUUUUCGGUCACAUUUCCCCAAGACCUCGAUGUGAAGGUCAAGGCCACGCUGAUGGGCGCUGUCUUCCUCAUCCAUUUCAUGUAUUACGAACAAGAAGAGUCACAUAACAGCUAAAUCGAUAAAAGUCUUCAACAAGUCAUCAGGAGUCUAAGAAUUUUCCAACACAUGUAUUCUAACUGUAUAUUUAGGCUUCCUAUUGAAUCAAUUACCUGCUAUUACAUUCACUUGUAUUGUUAAC